CACAUGUUUUAUUAGCGCGUUCUCUUUUUUUUAUAAUGUUUCUUAGUAUAGAUAUAAAAAUUACCAGAUGGUAUAGACAUACUUUUUGAAAAUUACAAUCUGCUAUGUUGUACGAUUCAAAAUAUGAUCCCAUUCAAUGUCGGUUAGACAGUCAAAUACAAAUAAUUGGUUUACGAUUACUGAUAGGGUUCCAUUCGACUUCGUAUCCAAAUUCCGUUUCUAUCGAUACGGAAUCCUAAAAACUUUUCAUAAACAGAUUACCCCUCCAACUAAUUAUACUUAUUUAUUCUCCAUUGUAAUUUGUAAACAAUCAAUUGUUCCAUAUCCCCAAUGCUGAGUAGUUGUACUGCUAAACUAAUGGAAUGUGUAUCCAGCAAUCAGCAAUAGAAUAGGUACUUUAUAACUUACUAUAAAAAGUUCAAAUAACACUACGAUAAAUAUUACACAUAAAAUGUUUAGUCUUCACGCGCCUGUCAAGAUAAUUUUUAUCUUGCAUAAAUACGGCAGUACUCCUUUAGUGUUCACACGGAUCGCUUAAGCGAUGAGUUUUAGUGACAAAGUUGUGUUGGUGACCGGCAGCAGCUCCGGCAUAGGAGCGGCAACAGCUUUGGCAUUCGCUCGGGAGGGCGCUAAGGUAGUCAUCGUAGGCAGAAGCCAUGAGAAGGUAGAAAAGGUCGCUGCAAAAUUUGCUGGUCUUCAUACUCCUCUUACUAUAAGCGCUGACGUCUCUGAUGAUCACCAAGCGGCGUCUUUAAUACAAAAGACUAUUGAUCACUUUGGCAAGCUGGACGUCUUAGUCAAUAAUGCUGGAAUAUCCAGACCUGCCACUGUUCUUCAAGGGAACCUCCUCGCUGCAUACGAUGAGGUACUAGCCACGAACCUUCGUGCAGCUAUCCAUCUGACAACCCUCGCAACACCACAUCUUAUUAAGACUAAGGGGAACAUUAUUAACAUGGCCAGCGUAGUUGGUGUCAUACCACCUUCCGAUCUGAGCUUCCUAGCAAGUUCGGUGUCGAAGGCUGGUCUAAUCCACUUUACUAAAGGCGCUGCGCUUGAACUAGCGCCUCAUGGAGUGAGGGUCAACGUCAUUAGCCCAGGGCCUGUGAGGACUGAUAUUCUGGAUUCGAUUGGCACGUCUGCGACCUGGGAGGAUUUCCAGAAGCUUACCGCUUUGAACAGAGUGUCGGAGCCAGAUGAGUUAGCAGAUCUAAUUCUGUUCCUGGCCAGUGACAAGGCGAAGAGCAUCACUGGCUGUAACUACGUGAUUGACAAUGGAAUGUUAUUGAAAUAAACUAUUAUCUGUUGUUUUUUAA